AUGUUUAAUAGCGAUCGUAAAAGGGGUAAAGUGAUAUUAAUUUUAACUUCCUCUUUAUUUCUCUAUUACACUAUAUGGAUUAUUGGUUUACCAUUCAUAGAUGAUAAUAGAAUACGAUCGUUUUUUGGUUCUCACAAUAUUGCAUUAAUAAUUCCUGCAGUGUCUGGCUUAUGCUUCAUUGGUGGAUUAGUAUUGUUUACUAUUUAUCACGUUAAACCAUAUUUUUCGAGUAAUAAAUCAAGUAAAUUUCAUGAUUCGUAACAUAUACAUAAAAAGAUUUAUGUAAAUGAAAAUAUUAUAUUGUAUAUUGCUAACUACAUUGUGUUGAGAAACGACACACUUGUGUGUAUUUUAUCAUUGAUUAAGUAAUAAAGUUAAUGUAACUUAUGUAA